AUGUCCUUUCAUACAUUCUCCUUUAUUGUUGUCGUAUGGAAAUGGGCAAGAAUGUGCAUGCGUGAGUGUGCAUGUACACUCAUCUCAUGUCCUCCUCCUCUUCCCACUUCGAAACCCAACCUUCUAAUCAAAAUAUCUGUAAGAGUAACCACGAGCACAAGAGGCGAUUGUGAAACAGAAAUAAAUGAAUGUGGAAGGAAACAUGCUCUAAUGAAGUCUCUGUGCAGAGGUGUUAAAGCGUGGAAAAGAAUCAUCACUGUAUUAGUCACAUGCCUAAUCACAGGCUUGCCAUCGGUUUUGACAUCAUCUGCAUCAACAGCGAAUUCAAAAGCAUACGUUUUUAUUAAACCAUUUUUAUCUUCAGAGAAGUUUUGGGGUGCUACAGCAUACAUUCUGAGAGAAAUUAGCCUUUUCUUACUUAAAUACCUCAGUGGUUACCUGUUUGAUCUCGUAACCAUCAGACAAAAAAAUAUUCUCAAAUUAGGCUUUGUGACGAGUCACGUCGAUUUCACAACUGUGCAAAGCAGCAAAGAGUCCAGUCAACGGAGAUGUCAAAGGGUUUUAAGGUUUUACCUACUAUUCAAACUCAAUAUCAACAAUAAGGUGCAUAUAAGACGUACAAAGAAAACUGAUGGAUCGACUGAUCAAAGCCGAGAGAUGCCUAUUGUGGAAAGAGAAUUCGAGGAUAAUUUGUAA